AACGUAAACAGCUGUUUUCAUUUGUUGUGAUCAAUUUGGUUUGGAUAAAUUCUACUUUUGUUUACAAAUAUCCACCAAAAAAACAAAAAUGCGACGACGAGUAGGCCUGGGAGCCAUCCAGCAACAAAAACUGGCCGCGGAGAAGUAUAAAGAUAAGGGAACCGACCUGCAGGAGAACCAACUCGAACAAAUGACCAAACAAAUGGAGGUUUUCCGUGUGAAACUGGAGGAAUUCGCAAUGAAACACAAGGAGGACAUCCGCAAGAACUCCCAGUUUCGCAAGCAGUUCCAGGAAAUGUGUGCCGCCAUCGGAGUUGAUCCCCUGGCCACAGGCAAAGGAUUCUGGAGUGUCCUCGGAAUGGGGGACUUCUACUAUGAACUGGGUGUCCAGGUGGUGGAGGUUUGCCUGGCUGCUAAUCACAAAACCGGUGGACUCAUGGAACUGGAUGAACUGCGACGACGUCUAAUCGCCGCGAGGGGUCAGAGUGCAGUGCACCAGGAGAUCACCAAGGAGGACAUCCUUAUGGCCGCCAAGAAACUGAGCAUCUUCGGCAAUGGCUUCGUGGUGCACAAAUUGGGCAAGGGAAAGUACAUAGUUCAGUCCAUUCCCGGAGAGCUGAGCAUGGAGGAGACCAACAUUCUGAAUGCAGCCUCCAACACCGAACAAGGCUGCGUUACGCAAAGUCAGCUUAUUAAGGAUUUGGGAUGGACCGACUAUCGUGCCCAACAGUCACUGGACAAGGUGCUCGGCGAGGGCCUCUGUUGGAUUGACAAGCAGGCGGAUGAAGAGCCUUCCUACUGGUUCCCCAGCUUGUUUCCCGGUCGCAAUGCUCAGACUGCAGUUGCCUCUUAGUGCUCUCAUAAAAAUAAUUUAAUCUGUA